AUGGAAGGCUAUAAAAUUCCUGGACUCCCAAAAAUUAUACCUGUAGUAAAGCACCUUUUAAAAAAAACCAAAAUCGGUACCAUAAAAUACAGUCGUUGGACACCUCAAGAAAUCACCACACUUCUAGCAGCAUAUAAAGAACAUGGCAAAAACUGGAACUUAAUUUCUCAACAAUAUCUUUCUGAUCGACCACCCUCCACUAUAAGACGAAAAUAUAUACAUUUAGAAAAAAUUAAAGCAAGACCAACGUCAGAAUAUAAUACAUGGACACCAGAGGAUGAUGAAACACUAAGAAUGGCCACGUAUGAGUAUGGUGUGGGGAAAUGGAGUGAAAUUAGGAAGAAAUUUUUUUCUGAUAGGUCAUCAGCACAAGUUCAAGAAAGAUGGAAAGUUCUAUCAAAAACCAAAUUUGGAAAAUGGUGUCCCGAAGAAGAUAAGAAAUUACAGGAGCUAGCUAAACAAUACAAGGAAGAUUAUCGAGUGAUUUCUGAAAUAUUAAAACGGCCAGUCCAUUCGGUUUAUGUACGAUACAGACGUUUACAAACCCCAAAAUGGACAAUUGAAGAAUUAGAUAAAUUACGUGAUUUACUAAAAGAAUAUGGCAAAAAUUGGGAGAGAAUCGAGCAAAUGAUGCCAGAGAGAAAUGGGUGGGAAAUUAAAAAAGCGGCGGAUACCUUAGUUUGUGUUAAUCCUUUUGUCAAUAGGCGAAUGUGGAGCAAAACAGAAAAGGGGUUGAUUAAAGAAGGUGUAACCAUGUAUGGAAACAAUUGGGUUAAAGUUAGCCAAGUUGUAGGUACUAGGUCACAUAAACAAUGUCAGAGAUAUUGGCAAAUAGAACAAGAAAAAGAGAAAAUCAGAAAAACAAAUAGUGAUCAUAUACUUUCUUGA